AUGACGUACGUGCCCCAUAACGUCUUGAUUACUGGAGGAUGCGGGUUCAUUGGUUCAAAUUUUGUGAAUCAUAUCCAUGACGCAUGGCCGAACUGUAAUUUUGUGAACGUGGACAAACUUAUACUAAACAGCGAUACGCAACAUGUUGAUGAGAAGAUCGAUACAGUUAUUCACUUUGCUGCUGACUGCACAUCUACUCGAUGCUACAAUGAAACAAUCGAGGCCAUUGAGAACAAUGUGAUCGCUUUUAUUGAAUUUCUGGAAGCUGCAAAGGAUUAUGGAAAAAUCAAGAAAUUUGUUCAUAUCAGCACAGAUGAGGUUUACGGGGAUUCCGGACUUGGUGAUGAUGAAAAAGGAAAAGUUGAGGCUAGCCGACUUUUACCUGGUAAUCCUUAUGCAGCCACUAAGAUCGCGGGUGAAGCGUAUGUACGGGCGUUCACGUCUCAGUACAAGUUGCCCAUUAUCACAGCGAGAAUGAACAAUAUCUAUGGGCCAAACCAAUGGGAUGUCAAAGUUGUCCCAAGAUUCAUCGAAAUUGCCAAAGUCCAAGGUAAAUAUACUAUUCAAGGAUCUGGAAAGCAGCUUAGGUACGCAAACUCCAAAAUUAGGAUGUUGUCCCAAGGUUCAUCGAAAUUGCCAAAGUCCAAGGUGAAUAUACUAUUCAAGGAUCUGGAAAGCAACUUAGUUGCUGACCUCGCACAAGUGAUUCAAGCUGAAGUGGAUCGUCAACUUGGUCGAGAAGUUACAGCCGCUCGUUUUAUCUCAAUUCCGGAUCGACCGUACAACGAUAUGCGAUAUCUUAUCGAUAUCAGCAAAGCUGAAAAGGAGCUCGGAUGGACACCUCAGAUCAGUUUUGAGGAAGGAAUGAGAAGAACUGUGGCAUCUGCUUUAAAGCCGAAAGAUAGCGUAAAAAUGCACGUUGCUCUAUAUGGAGGGAAUGGCUACGUUGGACAGGCUCUUCAAAAGGUACUAAACAACAGAAAAGUUCCUUAUGUGCUUGCUAAAGGAAAAGUUGGUUUCGACAACGAUAAAGAUGUGAGUUUUGCUAUGGGAAUCCAUUUUACAUAUGUUGGGACUGGUUACAUCUUUGCUUACGAUGCAAAACAUCCUAUUGGUGGUAAAGGCUUUACGGAAGAAGACAUACCUACGUUCUCUGGCUCAUCCUAUUCCGUCGUGAAAGGCUUCACUGAUCGACAAAUGUCCUACUUCAACGAUAAGGGUUGGGAGAAUAUUAACGCAAGGAUUACGCUACCACUCACAUAUGAGUUGGAUCAACCGAGAAAUCUGCUCUCAAAGAUCAUCAACUACAAGUUAGAAAUUCUUUGUUUUUAUGAAAGUGUUUUAGACAUAAAUUGCAAUUUUCGCUAUAAAUUAACGAUGAUAUGCAUAUUCAGAGAGCUAUUCGACCUUCCGGUAUCAAUCUCAAUACUACCUGACUGCUUUGAGGCUAUGAUAUCACUGAUGGAGAAACGAUUUGGUGGACACCUCAACUUAGUCAAUCCAGGUCCUAUAAGUCUCUAUGAGAUUGUGUUAUUAUAUAAAGAGGUUGGUUAUUUCGACUUUUAUUUUCGCAAGGACUGUACACUCUUAACUGGAAAAAAGAAGCUUAUCUUCCAGAUAACGGGUAAACCAGUGGAUCCGCAGCCAAUCGGAAUUGACACGGAACGUGGACAACUGCUUCUUGCCACGAAGGGUAAUUGUGCAUUAGACAGCACAUUACUGGAGAGUAUGCAGCAUAUUCCAUCCGCCAGGGAAUCUCUAGCUAAUAAUUUUGCUCGAAUGAAAGAAGCCUAG